CAUGAAAGCAACAUACCUUUGUUGUUGUUCUCGUAAUGCCCGGCGGGGGGCGGCAUUUAACCACAAGGGGGAAAAAAAAGUAUAGGCCCCAGGGCUGAAAAAGAAAGUGGGAGGUGAUGUGAACCAAACAUUUACUCACGCCUGGACUUUUCAUAUUUCGGCCAGAGGAGCGCGUGGAUUCGGGUUUACGCGCACUGGUUACUGCUGUCCUGGAUGCUUCAGACUGAUACAAGAGCCUGAACCUACUACAGCCUUAAUUUUGAACCUAUCGCACAUAAUAGCUGCAGUCCCAGCUGUAGGAGCUUGAACUAAGCAGGUAGAGGUGCAGCAUAGGGGCGGCUGUUUUGUGUAGCUACAGUGCCGGUGGAGAGAUGGAGCGGUGGAAAGGCAGAGUGGCCCUGGUGACCGGCGCCUCGGUGGGAAUCGGAGCCGCUGUAGCCCGGGCACUGGUCCAGCAAGGCAUGAGGGUUGUUGGUUGUGCCAGGAAUGUCGACAAAAUAGAGAAGCUGGCAGCAGAAUGUCAGAGUGCGGGCUACAGCGGCACACUGAUCCCUUACAAAUGUGACCUGUCCAAUGAAGAGGAGAUCUUGUCCAUGUUCUCAGCAAUCAAGACACUGCACAAGGGCGUUGACGUAUGCAUCAACAAUGCUGGACUGGCCCACAAUGAGCCUUUGCUCAGUGGCAGGACAGAGGGCUGGAGGAACAUGAUCGAUGUGAAUGUCUUAGCCUUGUCCAUCUGCACCCGUGAGGCAUACAAAUCAAUGAAGGAGAGGAAUGUGGACGAUGGCCACAUCAUCAAUAUUAAUAGUAUGGGUGGGCACCGAGUGGUGCCAAGUGCCGAUGAGCACUUCUACUGUGCCACUAAAUAUGCUGUGACUGCUCUGACUGAGGGAAUACGGCAAGAGCUUCGAGAGGCAAACACCCACAUCAGAGCCACAUGUAUAUCUCCUGGAAUAGUGGAGACGGAGUUUGCCUUCCGACACCACAACAGCGAUCCAGAAAAGGCAGCUUCAGUGUACGAGAGUAUGAAAUGUUUGAAAGCAGAAGACAUAGCCAGUGCAGUCACAUUUGUCCUCAGCGCCCCUCCUCACGUCCAGAUCGGAGAUGUGCAGAUGAGGCCAGUAGAGCAGGUGUCAUAGCAGCAGAAGAGUGAGCUGCAGGAGGAGCAGACAGACAGCACCACGGUGACUCCUUAGCAGCCUCUGCUGGGCAAAGAUUGUGGGGGUGGGAUGGUAUUAAAAAAUCAACUACAGCUGUGUCAGGUCUGCAGGGGCGGUGGUCAACAAAGGCAGAAGGCUUAAGGAAGCUGUGCAACAAAAUGAAGGGCAUGGACUUUGGAAAACACUACAAAAAUACUACUGAGUGCAGCAAAGUGGCAUGUGUGAAUUGUUUGGCUCAGGGAUGAACUGAGCCAAAUCCAGACUACAAUAGGAACAAAUAGAGAGAGAGUUGCUGCUGUGUUGUGUGGUCAUCUGCUUGGCCAUCACUUCAGAGGGAAGCGUAUGCCAUUGAUUGCACGAUUUUAUUCCUUUUUCCAUUUGUUUUUUUUUUUUGUAGUUUAUAUGACAUAUCUUUUUGAAAUGAAAUUGAAUUGGUAAUUGCUGUUUAUAAGAGACAAGUUUUUUUUCCAUUUCAUUUUUCUAAUAAAUAUUUUAACUUUUGAUUAGAGAUAGAUGUGGGCUCACAUUAACUAAAAGCUAGACAAGGCUAAGUAAGUCAUACCGACAGUAACCAUAAGCAGUCUGUGCAUCCUGCCACCCUUACUACCUUUAUGUUUUCACAAACAUAUUUAACACAUUCAUUCCAAACACGUUCAUAUUCAGCAUAUUCCAUUCAUAAGGAGAGAAACCCUUUGUAUGUGAAGCAUAGGGGCAUCUCCCUUUUUUGCCUGUAUAACUUCAGAUGUUCUGCACUUUGUAUUCAUUUCUGAGGAGUUACAAGAAGGACACACUGGAAAAUUCUGUAGUGGAGGAAACUAAUUCUGUGCACGUGUAUUACUAGAACCAUGUACCCUUCUGUUGGAACUUUCUCAUUAAAUGAAUAAAUAAAAAGUC